ACACUCUGGCCCGGCUCUCGGUGGUGCGGGAGCGGGCGGGAGCAGCGGCCGCUCUGGUCGGCGGACGUGCUGCUGAGUAGUCCCGGAAGCGAAGCAGCGAUGGCGGAGAGUCCGACUGAGGAGGCGGCGACGGCAACGGCGGGCGCCGGGGCGGCGGGCCCCGGGGCGAGCGGGAUAUCAUGUCCAUUUAUAAGGAGCCUCCUCCAGGAAUGUUCGUUGUACCUGAUACUGUUGACAUGACUAAGAUUCAUGCAUUGAUCACAGGCCCAUUUGACACUCCUUAUGAAGGGGGUUUCUUCCUGUUCGUGUUUCGGUGUCCGCCCGACUAUCCCAUCCACCCACCUCGGGUCAAACUGAUGACAACGGGCAAUAACACAGUGAGGUUUAACCCCAACUUCUACCGCAAUGGGAAAGUCUGCUUGAGUAUUCUAGGCACGUGGACAGGACCUGCCUGGAGCCCAGCCCAGAGCAUCUCCUCCGUGCUCAUCUCUAUCCAGUCCCUGAUGACCGAGAACCCUUAUCACAAUGAGCCUGGCUUUGAACAGGAGAGACAUCCAGGAGACAGCAAAAACUACAAUGAAUGUAUCCGGCACGAGACCAUCAGAGUCGCAGUCUGUGACAUGAUGGAAGGAAAGUGUCCCUGCCCUGAACCCCUACGAGGAGUGAUGGAGAAGUCCUUCCUGGAGUAUUAUGACUUCUAUGAGGUGGCCUGCAAAGAUCGCCUGCACCUUCAAGGCCAGACUAUGCAGGACCCUUUUGGAGAAAAGCGGGGCCAUUUUGACUACCAGUCCCUCCUGAUGCGCCUGGCACUGAUUCGGCAGAAAGUGCUGGAGAGGCUCCACAAUGAGAACGCGGAAAUGGACUCUGAUAGCAGCUCAUCCGGGACAGAGACAGACCUGCACGGGAGCCUGAGGGUUUAGACCCUGCUCCCUCUCCCCCCGACUCGAGAGCCCUAGCAGAAUCCCUCCCCUACCCCAGGGAUGGAGAGGCACUGUGUAUCUCCCUGCAGACUUGACAUCAUCCCGCAAGAUGGCAAGAACCAAGCAAGCUCGGAUCCCAGGGUGUGGGUGUGGGGGGCGUUCUCGUCUGACCUCCUUGGCACUGGAGCAUCUGGGGCUACUACAUCCCAUGUCAGGGGCCAAGGUACCUUUGCGGGAGCACCUGGGCGAGGGCCUCUGGCAACAGCACAACCAACACACCUCUCCACAGGGCCAGCUCCUUAGGGGUCGGUGGAAGACAGAAACUGCAGUUCCAAGAGGGAGUGUGCCCAGAUGAUUUGUGGGGAUACCGGAAGGGAGCUUGGGGUGGGGGGGCUGUCCGUGACACUUAAACAGUCUGGGUGGUUGUCUGUUUGUCUUCAGCCUUUUGAAGCAGGGCUUCCCAAUGCCCUUUCCUCCCUGCCUCCCGUCCCACGUUAUUCCCCACAGGCCAGCAUAAUUUUGUUUUUCCUAAUUUAUAGUCACUGUUCUAGACAGACCAAAGAGAAGGAACAGUGGUGGAGUCUCGGCUGCUGAUGAGUAAGCUUUACCUGGCACCUGAGCACCUUUCUCCCUGCCCCCCUCCCCUUCUAGAUGUAAGGAGGUCACUGUGACUGGGACUGAACCAAGGUCUUGGUCAGGCCUGCACAGGCACCGUAAGAAGCUGAAAAGACUGUUCUCUCAAUCACUGAUUUGAAAAGUUCCCAGCACAGGCAGCUGCUGCAUGUAUGGGAUUAGAGCCACCAUAUACAAGAGUCUCUUGUAGGUUUCCAUAAAUACUAAUCGCAGUGAGGGUGUUUCUGGCUAGGUGGAGCAUGGGGAAGGCUGAUGCUAAUCCUUACUGUAUCUUGGUGGCUGUCCUUGUGCAUUUUCACCCCAGCCCGGACUUGCCCUCCUCACUUCACCCCAGGGAUUUGUGGGGAGCAAAGGUAGCCAAUGGCAGGAGGGGACUUGGGCUGGGACUCUGGGGACUCCUCCCCUUCUCUCCUCCCCCACCCCACCCCCAGCUGCUCUUUGUCACUGGCUCUGACAGGUGUUUGCCUGGCCAUGUUGCUUCUCUAUCUGUAUUUAGCUGCAGUGAUCCUUUAGCUGGUUGGCUCAGAAAAUGUGCUUUAGAUGCCCUGUGAUCCUGGGCAUCAAGGGACUCCAUCCUUCCCUUUUGAUGUCUUCUCCCCUACUUCCAGAUUUAUCCUUAUGCUCCCAGUGGGGCCUUGGUGAUCCACGUGACACAAGGCCUCAGUCAGUAUCCAGCCACGCGCAAGGGAGAGGAUAGUGUGUACCUGCCCUGCCCACUGCUGGGAAGGUCUGCCUUGUGGGUCAUGGGACUCCCCUGAGGAGGAGGGGGACUGGGCGUAGAGGAGAUUGUCCUACCUGGAAUGGCAAGAGGCAGAGAUGCUGGACAGGGAGGGGCGGGCUUGGGGAACGGAAGUUUAUCUUUGAUUUCUGAAAGCUGGGUCUCUUCAUGUGGAGACUCCAGAAGGGACCUUGCUUCCAGUCUCCCUCCUCCAUUCCUGGAGUUAGUCCAGGGCUUAGAAGAAUGCCCUUGGUCUGUGGGUCCAGUGUUGUCUGUCAUCCAUUUAAGUGUUCCCACUUUCAAGUGACAAUCCUCUCCUUGGUCCUGCCAUGGGGCAGAGCAUGUCUGGCUUAGCAGCCUGACUUUUACGCCCUACUCUUGAGUUGAGGAAAUAUAUGCACAGGAGUCAAAGAGAUCUCUUUAUAUCUGACUGUACAUAAAUGACGUUUUUUUUUUUU